AUGGGGAUAAGCGCUAUCCAGUGGUUAAUCAAUCCGGCGGCGGCAGCCGAAAGCCUGGGUAUGCCUCUGCUUUCAGGGUUGGGCUUAUCCAGCCAGGUAGGUGACUUCAGCGCCUUUUUUGUGGGCACGACCGUAUUCUGUCUGCUGGGCCUGAUUCGUAACAACCCAACCUGGCUGUACAGUGCGGCAUUGUUGCUGGCGAUGGCCGCUGUGUUCCGCACGACAACAUGGCUGUUUCACGGCGCGAGUCUCGCUGCCCCGCUGAUUGCGGUAGAAAUUAUCCUGGCGGGAUUGGCUUUGCUCAGCGCCCGACUGAUGGCCAGGCCACAGAUUUAG